CGACCGUGCAUGCAGGCCGCGGCAGACCGCACGAGAGGCCGCGGCAGCGACCCUUCACCACCACCACCACCCCGCGGUCCACCCCCACCACCACCGCCGCACCGCGCACGCCUUCGCCUUGGCCUUGGCCCCCCCGAGUCCCCGACACAUUUUCCAUGGCGCAGAGAGCCGCGGCCCCCCCGCCCCGCGGCCGCACGCACGCACGCGUGCACGGCUCUCUGCGACCCGCGAACCACCAGUCCGCACCACCGGCUGCGUCUGCAGUGCUGUGCGCCUGUGCGGUGCGGUCCCCUGAGGCAGGCGGAAUCCACCGUCUCACUGCGCGCCCUGCCCCGCCUGCCACCAGUCCACCACCCGCUUCCCCUAUAUAUCGUAUCCCAUUCCACCAUCGGAGGCAACCAGACUCAGCUCACCAUUGCCCAUCAGCACAACAAACACACACACACACACAACACACAGAGUAAAAUCAGUAAGGAGGAGAAACGAGGAUGAAGCUUGUGGGGAGCGAGAGGAGGCAGAGGGGAGGAGGCUUCGGGAGGGCCAUCAAGCAGCAGAGGGCGAGGCUCUACAUCAUCCAGCGCUGCGUCGUCAUGCUCCUCCGCUGGCAAGACUGAUCCCCACCAACUCGAUCCUCCAAAUCCAUCCCUCGAUCCUCCUCGGUCGGUCGGUUCGUUGCCUCGUUGGUUGGGUCGCUCCUUCGCGGAAAGUUUUGGUUCUUUUUUGGUUGUGUGCUGUGCCAGAAUGGUGUCGGCCGUUUGUACAUAGAGGCCAACAAAAAAAAAUGGUACAAGUAGCAGUAGCAGUAGCAGAAGUAGGAUUUUAGUUCUAGUGUUCGCGAGUGUGUGCAUUGUACAAUCACCAUGUCACUACUGUCGAAUGCAAAUACGAUGAACCAAGUGAGAACAUAUGAUUCCAUCGCCUGAAAA